CGGUCAAACUCCGUGGCGCAUCCGGGAGCCAAUUGCAAUUGAUUGUUCGUAAUUGACUGACUUAGGCACACUACCUCAAAACGGUCACAGAGUCUUAUACUCCAACCCUUACGGAGAAGAGCGGAAGGGCGAUCACACCACAGAUGCAGGUUCGAAAGACAAGAGAUCGCCAGAAGCAAUGGCAAUUGACUUUGAUGUCCACUUUGUUUCGCUGUGUGUCGCUCUUUGAUGGUUUAUCCCCAGGCUUCGAGGCUGGGUCCCCACAAGCAGAAUGCCGUGCAGUAAGUAGUAUGUAGCAAAGUGAAUCUGAUAUGUGACAGUCUACUAUCGCGACGAGGGGUCUAUACAAUGCCUUCUUCUAGUAUUUGAAAAAUAAAACUUGACAACCACAGAAAUUCCACAGUAUCCCUUAUUUUCUACAUAAUACAUAAUACACUGGUAUCAUCGAACCUCAUAAAAGUACCAUAUGUCCUGAAAUAUCAAACAAACUACGAUAUUCUCCGAUACAACGUCCUAUACUCCAUUAUCGACCUCCAAAUCCUAGCUGCUGAGCACCCCAUGAAGCGGCAUACAAACGAAUACUAUACACGCAACCUCAAUACCCGCUCAAGAUGAUAGGGCGACAAUUGCCGCAGAAUGACCAGGGUAGCAUCCUACAGAUUCUUCUGUGGUUUCUGUUCAUUGUAGCCAUCUUGAGCGUCGGGGCACGGAUCGGAACCAAGUUUUACAUGACACGAAAACUGGCCCGAGAUGACUGGAUCCUAUUAGCAGCUCAGUCCGCGUACCUAGCACAAUGCGUCUCAAUAUCGCUCGGCACGUCGCAAGGCCUGGGAGAACCAAUGAGCAGUUUGAGUCAAGACGCCGUGGAGAGAUUCCUGCAGGCAGAGUACGCCAGUUUCGUCUUCCAACUUACCGCUCUCGCCCUCAUAAAAUGGUCCAUCUCGAUCUCGAUCCGACAGCUCAGUCCUAGUGCGACGCAUCAGCGCCUGGACUUGGUUCUUCGCCUGUCUGUCGGAAUUUGGGUACUGUCCGCAGUGUUGACGACCCUCUUCCAAUGUGCAUUUCCAUCGCCGUGGGACUAUGUGCACGGUUCGCGAUGUAUUAAUAGGCGAGCUUGGUGGGCAUAUGUCGCUAUAGGUAACAUCGGGACGGAAUUCUUCAUCGUCGCGAUGUAUUGCAUGAUCAUCGGCAACUUACGAAUGUCCCUCAUGAGGAGAUCAGUUGUGUUAUUGAUUUUUUCAACGCGUCUUCUGAUCAUCGGUAUUGCCCUGGCGCAAUUGACUUUCUUUCUGAAUGCAUUCCCCAGCGCUGAUCUCACGAAAGACAUCUGGCUGCCAACCGUCUUGAAUCAAGCUGUCCUGUCGGCCAGUGUUGUAACCGCGUGUGGCCCUUAUCUCCGCCCGUUCAUGGAAAGCUUGGAGUCCGGCGUAGCCCGCGUAUUACCUGAGUCGGAAGAAGACCUCUCGCAUGACAGGAUGGGGCCAAGCGCAAAUCACUUGAGCAACUACAAUUCGGCAGCAUGCUCGCAGGCCACGGAUCGAUGAUAGCAAUGCACCGAGAUCGAGUGCUGUAAUUCUCAGUCGCGAGGCCUCAAGGGAGUGUCUUUUGACGUCAAAAACU